GGAGGGAGGCAACUGAUGACCAAGUCCUGGGCGUGCAGAGCCCUGUAAGGAGUGUAUACUCAUAGCCGGUGGCUUGGGGGAGCUGGCAGCCCCAUUCGCUUUUCAGUGAAAGAAAGCACAGAUCCUGGUGUCCACUCUCCAGGAUGGCUAGGUGAUCAGGGCUGUCUCGCUGCAUCCUCCAGCGGUGAGUGGAUGGUCUGGCCGAGGGAGCCACCUGCGGUGGGGUCACCAUCGUACUCGCAGGCAUUCUGCCAGAAGAUCGGGGUGACCUGUGUUGUGGGUUUCUCCCAGGAAGAGGCGCGGCUGCACCGGACACCCCAGGGAACUAGCGACCGUGCAACUUUUCCAGGUGCACGGAAAUACCCUUUCACCUUAUCCCAGACAGUCACCCAGAGGGUGGCGGGUGAUAGAAGACCCCAGGCUGCGUGGGGCGAGACCCAAUUGCAGGGGUACUAGUUAGCACCGGGAGGGAACAGAGCACCUGGAAGGGAAGGGUAUCCCAGUGUGCUGAGACCCAGCCCAGCACUCGGAUCUCCGAGUUCUCCCAGGACAGGUCCUGGCCUGGCGGCACCUGCUGCGCCCUAGUCACCUCUGUAUUCCUAACCUCUCUAAAUGACUACUCCCGAGCCCUGCAGGCUGUCUUUUCCAAGGAACUGGAGGAGGUAGGCUAAAGGGGUAGCAGAAGGGGGUGGGGACAGUAGAGAGACAGUCCCAGCCUUCCCCGCCCUCCACCCCCACCACAACUCAGCAGCCGUCACGUGGUACCCGGAGUGGGAGGGGUGGGGGCAGAAGAGGCGAGACUUUUUUGGGUGCUCCGGAUCGCCAGUAGUUCUUCAAGCCUCAGCAGCCAACUCCUCCGGAGGCGCAGCGCUCCGCCCCAGGGAGCGCGAACCCGAGGAGCCUGGGACCAGCCUCUGGGAGUCCCGGGCGCGGGCGAUGCGGGCGCCGCGGGCGACACCUGCGGCUCCUCUCGGUGGCAGCCGUCGCCUGGGCGGCAGCAGCGCAAACCUCGGCAGCUACAGUCGCUGCGGCCCGGACAGCCUCCGCUGCUGUCGCCUCCGCUGCGGUCUCGGUCUCUGAUGCUCCUGCCCGCUCCCGGCCCUGCCGAUCCGGGAGGAUGUGGGUUCUCGGCAUCGCAGCAACUUUUUGCGGAUUGUUCUGGCUUCCAGGGUUGGCGCUGCAAAUUCAGUGCUACCAGUGUGAAGAAUUCCAGCUGAACAACGACUGCUCAUCCCCUGAGUUCAUCGUAAAUUGCACUGUGAACGUUCAAGACAUGUGUCAGAAAGAAGUGAUGGAGCAAAGUGCGGGGAUCAUGUACCGGAAGUCGUGUGCAUCGUCAGCAGCCUGUCUCAUCGCCUCGGCUGGGUACCAGUCCUUCUGCUCCCCUGGGAAAUUGAACUCCGUGUGUAUCAGCUGCUGCAACACUCCUCUCUGCAACGGGCCGAGGCCCAAGAAAAGAGGCAGCUCCGCCUCGGCCGUCAGGCCAGGGCUUCUCACCACCGCCCUGCUCUUCAGCUUAGCCCUCUGCCUGGCACACUGCUGAAGCUAAAGGAGACGCCAGCCCCUGCUGCAUCAUCUGUCUGGCCCGCACUCUCACCUCCCUGAGUCUCUUCUGGGUGUCCUUUUAUUCUGGGUAGACAAAGGGGUCUUUUUGUUCCCUUUCAAGUAACGCAAGAUUGCCAUGCACAAACACUUUGUAAGCUCUGAAGCAAUCCAGUCUGAAUUUCCGUGUGUAGUUGAAGAAAAAGCAUAGCGCGGAAAGCCCAGAUCUUCCCGUCCCAAUCCGUGUAGCCACCGCCAAGGCCAGCCUGGAAGAAUCAGCCCUUAGAAGUCAUUGAGAUAUGCAUCUGCCCUUCCCAAAGCCUCGAGCUUCCAUUCUGUCCCUGCUAGGAGUCACAGUCUAUUGGGGGACUGCUGUGUGAAGGUGACUUCGCUUUUGUGGGAGGGAAGAACCAGUUUCUGCUCAAGGCUUCUGAACUUGACAUUCACACUUCUUGCUCCUGUAAACCAUUUUCUGUGGUGGCAUCAGCUGGUUUGGUCUCUGAGUCAGUCUGUGGUGACUCAGGACUCAAGGGCUGGAGCUUAGCCUCUCCGGGCCUGGCCUCGGUCUGAAAAGUGCUUAAGAAGACCUUGUUAGUUCUCCGGGAGGAAGAGCUUCUCCGGGAGGAAGCGUUCCGCCGGGAGGCUAGGAAGAUGAGGGGGCUGCGGGCUGAGCUGGUGCUGGCCUUGGCGGAGCUGAAGUGGGCACGCAGGCGUUUCUCCUGGUUGGCGUGCUGCAGGGUCAGCCGGCAGCAGAGCACCUGCCAGAACACCUUCCGGAACUGCUGAGAGGACACGUUGUAGAGGAGAGGGUUGACCACGGAGCUGAGGUAGAAGAAGGUGUUGGAGAAGGGGAGAAGGAUCAUGUAGGCCCUGAAGUACGGCUUGGUCCAUUCAUCCUUGGGUUUGGCUGCAGCCAUGAUCCGCCGCACCUGAUUUGGCAUCCAGCACACGGCCAGUGUCACCACGAUCAGUCCUGGGCAGGCAAGAACAGGACAGAAAAAGAGAUGGGGGAGAAAAACAGCAUGAGAACAAAAAUAAAUAAAUAAAACCCAUAAAAUAUUCA